UGUGUGAAUUUAGCUGUACGUUUCUGUAAUCUCUCUUCCUUUUUUCUCGGCAAGUGAGUGUCGUUUUGCCGCCGUGCCGUUUUGUGGUUGCCUUACCAACAAUAAGAACUCACACUGUCGCAUGAAGCUUUCUUCCACAAAAGUCAACUGCCUGGGCUUUGAUGUAUCGAGGAUGGCUGUUGUAUGUGUGACCCGAUGCAAGCUGCACCUUUUCAUGCCCGCUGGCCCACGUUUGUUUAUUUUUAAGCGAAGCUCGUAGCUUCAACAUCAGUAGAAAUGCGGAGUUGGCAGAAUUGUAACAAAAUGAUAUGCCAGGGGUUGUGGAUCGCGCCGAGGUUGACCAACUUAUCGACAGCUCAUUUGUGUUCAUGGGACCUGCGUUGUGAUUACAUUGUAGUUUUAUCAUUCUUAGUUUAAUCCCUGCUGACUGGUAAUCUCGUUUUACCGAAGCCCAUUGUUUAAGAAAUGAUCCUUCUUGAAUCUUAUUUGAAUCACAGCCUAACGCUUCUUGGUCCAAGUAUCACGUAGUUUGAAUGUGAUUUACAGGUAAAGUGGAGGCACAUAUACCAAGGCUGUAGUUGGGUGUUGUGUGUGUGAGCCAAAAUAUCUAGCUUUUUUUGGACUUACCAAUUGUUGACAGUUAAAACAGUUGUGUUUUUGCUACCCGUGGUUAUGUGUGUACAGCACACACAAUGUCUUGAUUUCCACUCAAUGUAUCGCACAGAAAUAUCAGGAAAUGGGGGAACCUCUUUAUUGUAUACCAGUACUGUAUGUGGGGCACGUUCACUCGGAUGCUCUUCCUUUCUGGUGUCGUGGUCGAGACAUUACACCUGGAAGCAGUCUUGGACUUCUGAAGAUUCAGCUGCUAACCUUCUGCCUCACAACAGCACUACAAGCAUUGUUCCAGAUACAGUAAAAAUUUCUUGUGUCCAGCAACGUGGGGGACUGAGGCGCAGCCGGAAAGCUAAAUUUUCUGGGGAGCCGAAUGUCAACUAUGGGAGAACAUUGAAUUGUAACACAUUUUUAAUAAUUUUAAGCAUAGACAUGCUAAUGAUGAGAAAACAAUGGGGUUGAUGAUGGAUGAAGCCGGAUGUUCGAUACGACACAAGAAAUCAUGAGGUUAUUCCUACUUUGUGACCUCUGACCCGACCAAGGGCCGCGGGCGGCAUGGCUCUGGAGAAGCUGAAGAGGCUCGGGAAGCAGCUGCUGCGGGUGAAGGCGGUGACCGGCGGCGAGGACUCGCGGCUCUCGCGCUGCCUCAACACCUUCGACCUGGUGGCGCUGGGAGUGGGCAGCACGCUGGGCGCCGGCGUGUAUGUGCUGGCGGGCGCGGUGGCUCGGGAGAACGCCGGUCCCGCCAUCGUCCUGUCCUUCCUGAUCGCCGCGCUGGCGUCCGUGCUAGCUGGCCUCUGCUACGCCGAGUUCGGCGCUCGGGUUCCCAAGACGGGUUCGGCGUACCUGUACAGCUACGUGACGGUGGGCGAGCUCUGGGCCUUCAUCACGGGAUGGAACCUCAUCCUCUCUUACAUCAUCGGGACGUCCAGUGUGGCACGAGCUUGGAGCGCCACGUUUGACGAGCUCAUCGGGAGGCACAUUGAGGCCUUCUGUCGGACCCACAUGAGCAUGCGGGCGCCGGGCAUCCUGGCCGAGUACCCAGACAUGUUUGCUGUUCUCAUCAUCAUCACACUAACAGGCUUGCUGGCCUUCGGCGUGAAGGAGUCGGCCAUGGUCAACAAGGUGUUCACCUGCAUUAACGUGCUGGUUCUGUUUUUCGUGGUCGUCUCGGGGCUGGUUAAGGGCACGCUCAAGAACUGGGAACUGGAUCCCAGCAGUAUCUUCAACAGCACCAACUCGUCAAACCUCAACUCAUCGGGGCCGCCGCUGUCCAGAGAGACCCUUGGCGUCGGCGGGUUUAUGCCCUUUGGUUUCACUGGUGUUUUGUCCGGCGCUGCCACCUGCUUCUACGCUUUCGUGGGCUUCGACUGCAUCGCCACCACAGGUGAGGAGGUGAAGAACCCCCAGAGGGCCAUCCCCAUCGGCAUCGUGUCCUCCCUCCUCAUCUGCUUCGUGGCCUACUUCGGCGUGUCCGCCGCCCUUACUGUGAUGAUGCCGUACUACAUGCUGGACAAGAACAGUCCACUGCCCGUGGCUUUCAAGUACGUGGGCUGGGAGGGGGCCACCUACGCAGUGGCGGUGGGCUCCCUCUGUGCCCUGUCCACCAGUCUCCUGGGCUCCAUGUUCCCCCUCCCGCGCAUUAUCUUUGCCAUGGCCCGCGAUGGUCUGCUCUUCUCUUUUCUGGCACGGGUGAGCGAGCGGAAGACCCCCGUCAUCUCCACCAUGGCAGCAGGGGUCAUGUCCGCGGUAAUGGCCUUCCUGUUUGAUCUCAAGGACCUGGUCGACCUCAUGUCUAUCGGCACACUGCUGGCAUACACCCUGGUUGCAGCCUGUGUCCUUGUCCUCAGGUACCAGCCGGAGCAGCCCAACCAGCUGUCUGUCACACAGGAUGAGGUGGAGCUCAGUGAGUCCAUCGGUGCCCAUAGCAUGGGCAUCCUGCCUGGCGUGGAGGAGCGCUUCAGCGUGAAGAACCUCCUCUUUCCAGAGAAACCGGAGCCUUCCAACCUGUCCGGAUCUGCGGUCAACAUCAGCGCCAGCCUGCUAGGGUCCCUCAUCCUGGUGUUCAGCGUGUUGGCCGUUCAGGAGGGCCUCGCACCCUGGAAGGUGGCGGCCCUGGGGGUGCUGGCUCUGGCAUGUCUGGGCCUCACCCUGCUGAUAUGGAGGCAACCGGAGAGCAAGACAAAGCUGUCAUUUAAGGUACCUCUGCUGCCCUUUAUCCCUGUUAUCAGCAUGUUUGUCAACGUGUACCUGAUGAUGCAACUUGACCGGGGCACCUGGAUCCGCUUUGCCAUCUGGAUGGCCAUAGGCUUUGUUAUCUACUUUGGUUAUGGGAUCUGGUACAGCACAGAGGGCACGCUCGCCCGCUCCAGCACCGAGGCCGACCUUGAGGGGUAUAAGCCCACCUGCACCAGUGAGGACACCAUGUCUCAUGAAAAAGAGGCCUUUUUCUCUAACGGGCUUGACUCCAGGGCUGAGGAAGACGGAGACCUCUAAGGAUCUGGGCGGGGGCACCAGUGGGCCCCCGUUUUCAUGUAUGAGCUGUUUUUAAGUCAACGAUACUUGAAAGAAAUACUUUAAAGUUGAAAAGUAAUAUCAAGCAAAUAUCAAGCAAAUAUCAAGCAAAUAUCAAGCAAAUCAAAGGCUAAAGUUCAGACUGGCCCAGAAAAUCUUUCUUCCGGUUGAUGAGAAACCAAAAAUCUAAGACGAAAUGCUUCUCUGUUCUUUGUUGUACAGAAGACGGGCGUCUUGCCGUGACAAAAAAAAAAACGAACAAAGUAGAACUGAAAACCGUGUCCCAAUACAACUAAACGUCUCUCUUGCAGAUAAUGAUCGAAACAAAAUCGCUGUUUUUGUUUUGCGGCCAUUUAUUGGUCUCUGCUUUUUUGAUUGUUUUGAGUUUAGGCACGAUUUCCCAGCAUUCAAUGCUGCAGCCUUCCGCACUUAUGUCAGAGAGCUUAGCCUCUUAAUCUACAAUGGGGUCACACGAUGCAGGAAUCCUCCAAGUCUCCGAGAUCCAAACAUAUUGCCGUAUCUUGCCUUUGGGGUAGAGUCCCAUGUUUGGGAUACACGUGUUUCGCAGGCUGUCCUUGUCGUAAUUUAUGGUGAAAAACGCCCUCUCUUUCAGGGAAAGUCACGAUUCAGCUCUUGAUGUUCAAUGAACAUUCAGGUUGUCAUGUUGAGUUUAAUCGAAUCAGGGAGAUAAUCAUAUCUGCAUACACUUCCGAAGUAAAAUGAUAAACCUUAACACUAUUGAAAGUGGUAAAUGAGACUUUCCCUGCAAAAAUAAUCCUUUAAAAUAUUACUUUAUUGGUAAGACUUUAUAUGACCCAGCACAAACACUUAGUAAUAACUCAAUUACUACUGAAGUACAAAUAUAGUUGCUACUAGAGAUAGAAUGUGUGUCACGAUUAAUGAUGAACAAACAUGAGAUCAGUAUUUAACUUGGGUUAUUCAUUAUUUGUUCUGUCAGUGAUUCCUUCAGCAGUUCCUUCAGUCGUUCACAAAGGUUUACAGAAGUAACAGACAUAGUAACAAAUAUAGUAACUGCUUGGGAUAAAAGUUGCAUCAUGAUGCAUUAAUGAUGAACAAACAUGAGAUCAGUAUUUCACUUGUAUUACGACUUGUUCCUUCCGUAGUUCAAGGUUUACAGAAUGAACAGAUACAGUAACAAAUAUAGAAAAUGUUAGAGAUCAAUCAUGCGUCUCGAUUCAUUAAUGAUGAAUUAACAUGAGAUCAGUUUGUAAUUAAGAUUUAGUUUGUGGUUAAUUGAUGCAUAAUAAUACAUUAUGGUGUAAUACUGCAGUAUUUGUGUCUUGUCAAAUUAGUGUUACAACUUAAAUUUUUAUUACACAAGGGCUCGAUUUUGUUUGGAACGGAUAGCGCUGAGCAAGAAGCAUAAUCUGGGAUGGAAAUUUUGCUACUAGCCAUCUGGGGUAGAUCAGUAAAUAACCAUGCAAUUUUUUUAUUAGCCAGCAAGCUAGUGUUCAGUAUUUUGUACUCACCCUUCAUCUAAAUUACUCUCCUCUGGCGAGUGGAUGAGCUUAAUGUUCAGCACGGAGUAUAAUCGUUUGUUAUUUGAUUGAAUGUACAGUAUGUGUCGUCGUGACAGAUGCGAGCCUCACCGGAAAAAAGCUGGAAGACGAGAGCAUUGGCCAAAGAUCUUAACUAGUUAGCUAACCAGUGUCAUGUCAUGUUACGGGAACACAGUGCUGGUUAUUGUGUCUCACUCAACUUGAAUUUUUUAUUAAGUUUUCAAAUCUUGCCCCCCCACCACUACUGCUGUUUUCAUCUCUGAACUAACAAGUUCUUUCUGCUUGUGCAAGGCCUCUGACGCCUGAUCUUCCUUCGUAGGGGGGCACGUCACUCUGCUGAUUGUUACAAACACAAUUUGUACAAGACACAAAACAUUUGCUGAAUAUGGAUGAAUGAAACAAAAUCUGCACUGUGCAGCAGGUUGCAUUACAUUUAAAAAUGUAACAAAUGCAGUAGCAGAAAUUUCUACUUCACCACAGCUUGUCCUACUCUCUGUUAUGCUACUUGUGUUGUGCCAAAAUAGAUACAUUUUCAAUACUUGUGAAUACUAUAGAUGUAGACAGUUAAACAAUGUAAUAGACAUUUUUUCUGUACAUAAAGUAGUGAAUUCUGUACAUUAGUAAAUUAUUUGCAAAAUUGUCAUAUAUUUUAAGAAAGUAGGAUAUCAGUGCUUUGUAUUUUGGGAGUGUAUUUCAUGGUGAAAAAAUGGUGUGGUUUUUUUAUCUAGCUUUUUAACAGUCAGUUCGGUGUUUUGCUAAGUUUUUAUGUGCUUUGGUGAUUUUUUAUUUUUUUAUUGCCACAUCAUGCUGCUCAUUAUGAAACGAUAAUCAAUUAACUGUGGACAGAAUGUUGCUAAAAUAUGCCAUAAUUGAUUACAUUGUUUCAGAGUAUAAUGUUACAUAGAAACUGGGGAUUCUGUCUAGAGCAGUGUUUCUCAUCCUUGGGAACCUCCAGACGGUCCACGUUUUUGCUCCCUCUUGGGAGCGGGUAAGGAGCAAAAACGUGGAAUGUCUAGGGAUCCCAGAGGAUCGGGUUGAGAAACACUGAUCUAAAAAGCUUCUUGACAUCUUACUGUGGGACAUGCCAUGUUUCUGUCUGUAAUGUUGCCAUUGUUACUGCCACACCUGCCUGUAGUCAUGCCUUCUUAAAAAGUACACAAGUUCAAGCCAUUGAGAUUUUCUAACACAUAUUCUCAAAAUAAUGUUUUUGACACAAAGUUUAUAAAGAAAACUGAUACAGUAAUGUGACACCCCGUUCGAUUUUUCUGCCUAUGCAUAAUUUGUCCUGAAGAUAGAUACUUGUUUAACAAAAUAAAAAGUUUUAACGCUGUUUCAGCUGUCAGGCUGCAAUAGCAGUUACGUAGUAGUGCGAUUAAAUUUAAAAUAUUAAAAUGUAAUGUGCUUAGAAGACACCGGCACAAACUUGUGGAAGAUACGCAAACUCCACACACAGAAGCAGGAUCGGAACCAAACCCACAACCCUGCUACUCUGAGAUGAGCCGCCCACCCUUUUUUACACUGGUGUAUAUAUUUAAUACGACUUUUUUGUGCAUAAGGGCAGCUAUGGUGUGGCAUGGGGUGUGUGUAUCUUUGUAACAACAUUUUGUUUCUUCAACCCUCCAUUGUGUUUGUCGUCUCCUUGGGAUACAUAUGGCCGUUAAAUCCAUUUCCUGGACCAUUUCCAAUGAGUUCUUCCUCUGUGAAUAUUUUCCUUGACCUGUUAUAAUAUGUCGAUUCGCAAUGUAAAAUAUCUCUGAAGUGUUUUUCGUCUCAGUUGACGCUGCUGUAAAUAAAUCCUGGCAUUUUAACCA